AUGAGCUUAACCAAGAAAGCACCGACUCAGUCAAGUGAUCCAAAGCUAAGUUCAAGUAUCAAACCAACAACUUUGAACCCUCAUGCUGCUGAGUUUGUUCCAUUUACUCUAAGAUCUCCUUCAUCUGGAGCUACUACAAGCAAUCUUGAUCUUACAUCAAGACUUUUAGCUUCAUCUAGCUAUGUAGGAAAAGCUGUGUUGGACCGUUCUGAAUCGUCUGCAUCACAUCAUUCAGACGAAGAAGCACGACAGUUCUGGAGUCACCAGCUUCCUGAUGAUAUUACACCAGAUUUCAAGUUCAUGACUCAAGAUGACAAUUCGUAUGGAUCUGGGAGCUUGUCACUAGCUAGCUUGUCGUUGUAUGAAGCUAAUGAAGUUGAAAAGUUUCCUUCUGCUAGUGGAGGAGGAGGAUAUUCAUUUUCAGACCAAUCUGGAUUAGCUUCACAUAACGCUAAUGGUAAUAACUUGUCCGAGAAGAGUAGAUAUCCCGUUUCUUCAUUCGGGGAAGAUCCUCAACGACCGAGUUUCAUGCAUCUAAGUCCAAAGCCUUGGGAUAAGCAGAUUAUGAAUGCUGAGCAGCUUCUUUGGAAUGACAGCGAAAGAAACCCUUUUGGUGGAAGUUCGCGGCAGUACAUCAACGAUAUGAUUACCGAGAAUCCGACUAUAGGAGAAAUAGAGGUGAACCCUGUGGAGUUUCUUGCUUCUCAGUUCCCUGGAUUUGCUGCUGAGAGUCUUGCAGAAGUUUAUUUUGCUAAUGGGUGUGAUUUGCACUUGACAGUUGAGAUGCUUACUCAACUUGAGAACCCUGGUCCUUUGACAACUUUCUGCUUUCUUGCCUAUCUACAAGUGGAUGGUGGCUUCAAUCAGAACAUAAGCCCUAAGAGUUUUGCUCCUCCUAAUCUCACUCCCAUGGAUUUUCCAGCCCUGAGCAUCUCAAAUAGCCAGAGUAUCCCUGCACAGUUUGGUGGAGACGGUUUGCAACAAAAGGACAACAUGUUUUUCUUGAAGUCGGGCUCAUCGGUUUCUCAGCCUGGUUCAAUCGAUUAUGUUUCUGCUGUCAGGAAGUUAGCAUCCCAGGAUUCUGGUAUUUGGAAAUACGAACGAAACGAUUCAGCAGACUCAUCUAUUGGCUCAAGCAGAAAUUCUGGUGCUUACAAGAGUGGGCGUGCGAGAAACAUAUAUUCUGAUAAGCUACAAUACGGAGCCCCAAAUCGACCUGCUCCUGUUUGGGUGGAGACCGGGGAUGCUGUUGGGAAUAUGUAUACUGACUUGCGCGAGGAAGCACGUGACUAUGCACGUCUGCGGAAUGUAUACUUUGAACAGGCACGGCAAGCAUACCUUGUUGGCAAUAAGGCCUUAGCUAAAGAGCUGAGUGUCAAAGGACAGCUACAUAACAUGCAGAUGAAAGUCGCUCAUGGGAAAGCUCAAGAAGCCAUUUACCGUCAAAGGAACCCGGCGGGUCAAGGGAACAGUAGAGGGAACGAGAGAAUGAUAGACUUGCAUGGGUUACAUGUGAGUGAGGCACUUCAGGUGUUGAAGCACGAACUAAGCGUGUCUAGGAGUACAGCUCGAGUUACUCAAGAGAGGCUUCAGGUUUACAUAUGUGUAGGGACUGGCCACCACACAAGAGGUUCCCGAACACCGGCUAGACUCCCGGUUGCUGUACAGCGCUACCUACUCGAAGAAGAAGGGCUCGACUAUUCCGAACCUCAGGCCGGUCUUCUUAGAGUCAUCAUUUACUGA